AAACAACAUACACAGCUUUAAAGGUGUUUUUGACAACAUCAAACUGAUUAAAAAAAGGGUGCUCUGAUCUCUAUUAUAACCAACACCAUUGGCUUCUAUAACCUACAUAUCUGCAGCUUUUCAUUUUCUAACUCCCAUAUUUCUUCUGUGCCAAUUGCUUCUUUCUCUUUGCAUUUCUUUUCCUCCAGCAGAGACGGUUUAUUUCCAUGUACUGUUUUAUUUAUCCCAGCAGUCAAAGUAACACCAUUAUAUGUUGUUGAUGACAAGAGAAACCACGGAUUUGUAGAUUGUACGCGGGCCGAUUGCCAGGUCAUCUAAUAGUCUUGCGUAGGACAUGGCACGUUAACAUAGAGGUUUUUAACGAUAAAAGAAAGUGAUUAUCGGCGGCUCUUUCCUUGCAAGAAGCACAUGAUUGAACUGAGGAACAUAAUGUGGCGCAUGAUACAACAUUGUAAGAACAUUAACCAACUCAAACAAAUCCAUGCCCUAAUCUUAACAUCUCCGAAUUUGGACCAAAAAGACCACUAUUUUUUAAUUUCCCGUCUUCUGUUCUUUGCCGCUCUUUCAGAUUCUGGCUCUCUUGCCUACGCCGCAGAUAUUUUUCAUUACAUAAAGAAGCCAAAUCUCCCAUUCUAUAACAUCAUGAUCAGGGCCUAUGCAUCUAAAAGCAACGUAGAUUAUGAUGAUGCUCGUUUGUGUCAGGCUCUAAUACUAUACAAGCAAAUGCUUUGCAAUGACAUCUCACCUGAUUGCCUCACUUUUCCAUUUCUAUUAAAAGAAUGCACGAGGAAUGUAGCUAUAUACGGGGGCAGAGGUAUUCAUGGACAUGCUAUAAAGCUUGGGCUUUACAGUGACCUCUUUGUUCAAAAUUCAUUGAUAAGUUUUUAUUCGGCUUGUGAAUUUGUGAGUAAUUCAAGGAAGUUGUUUGAUGAAAUGUCGAAUAGGGAUGUUGUUUCUUGGAAUUCAAUGAUUAUUGGGUAUUUGAGAAGUGGAGAUCUUGACCAAUCAUUGAAUUUGUUUCGUAAAAUGAAGAUCAAUAGGAAUGUUAUUACUUGGAAUUCAAUUAUUACAGGGUUUGUCCAAGGUGGCCGGCCAAAGGAGGCGUUGGAGUUUUUUCAUGAAAUGCAGUGUUUAAGAGACGAUGACGGUAUCAAUAAUAAGGUCAGACCGGAUAAGAUUACCAUUGCUAGUGUACUUUCAGCUUGUGCGCAUCUUGGUGCUAUUGAUCACGGGAAGUGGGUGCAUAGUUACUUACGGAGAAGUGGCUUAGAGUGUGAUAUGGUAAUUGGGACUGCAUUAGUGGACAUGUAUGGUAAAUGCGGUUGUCUUCAAAGAGCUUAUGAGGUCUUUAGAGAAAUGUCUGAAAAGGACACCUUGGCAUGGACGGCUAUGAUUUCUGUAUUUGCGCUUAAUGGGUUUGGUAAGGAGGCUUUUGAUAUGUUCAAUGAGAUGGAAGCAGGAGGGGUGAAGCCUAACCUUGUCACUUUUGUGGGAUUAUUGUCAGCUUGUGCUCAUUCUGGAUUAGUAGAGACAGGUCGUUGGUGUUUUAAUGCUAUGAAAAGCGUUUAUUCAAUUGACCCACAAGUCCAUCACUAUGCAUGCAUGGUUGAUAUACUUGGUAGGGCUGGACUGUUUGAAGAGGCUGAGCAACUUAUUAGGAAUAUGCCAAUGGAGCCUGAUGUAUUUGUUUGGGGUGCCUUGUUAGGAGGAUGCCAAAUGCACGGUAAUGUACAACUAGGGGAAAGAGUAGCACAGCAUUUAAUUGAUUUGGACCCACUGAACCAUGCUUUCUAUGUGAACUUGUGUGAUAUAUAUGCAAAAACUGGUAGAUAUACUGAUGUCAAGAGAAUUAGAGCCGCAAUGAAUGAACAGGGGAUUAAGAAGGAAGUCCCUGGCUGUAGCAUGAUUGAAGUCAAGGGAAUUGUUCAUGAGUUCUCAGUAAUAGGUUCACCUAAUAUUGUGAUGGAGGAAUUAAUUUCUGUCUUGAAUGCAUUAAGUAAUGAGAUGAAGAUCAAUAAUAAUCUACAUUGAUGCUGACUGGGGCAGUCCUAAUUGGAUCACAGUCUGUGAUCUGGAAGGUCCAACUAAAGUAUUGGCAUGGUCCAAAUGCAACUGGGAGAAGCAGAAAGUAUCAUCUUGAAGAUUGACAUAGAGAUAGUAAUUGAAGCAUGUCUAAGAUUUUUUCUUUUUUCUUCUCCAUGAAAUAAGAGAGAAAAAGAUAGCGUGUGAAAGGGUGUCAGGAAUUGGAAGUCCUUUAAGUUGAUUCCAGAUAUGCAGUAGGGAUUCGGUAUUGGAAUUACAAUAUACCAUUUUUAGAAAUGACAUUUUGCAGGAUAUGCUGAUGAAGUCAAGCUUAGACUCGAAAUUUAAGGUGGGAUUUGGGGUUGAACUGAAUGCUCUAUCAGGCUGUUAGAUGGCUUUGGAACCGGAUUUACCAAAACCUUUGAUUAUUCAAGUGCUACAGUGUACUGGCGUGUGUUGUUUUAUUGUGGAGUAUUAUAAUGUUACUUGAUGUUAGCUUGGAAGCCUCCCUAAAGGAAAAAAUCAGAAUCAAUCAUGAUUUCAUUUAUGAAUUGAUCAAGUGCAAGAGGGGAUCAGAUGAAAAAUGAAGUACUCGAUGUAAGUAAAUUUACUGGUUUUGUGGUGUGCUCUUUUUAUUUGCAAUAGAGCAGGGAAUGAAUGGAGAUAUGCAGUCGAGGUUUUUGUUGGAGAGUGAGAAGGAUCCAGAUAAGAUGACUGAUCAAUAUUGAGAGAAUAUAACUCUAAAUUUCAUCAUACCUGGCAGUAACACAUCUGCAUAUACGCUCACUCGGUUCUUUUACUUGCUAUGUAGACAUCCUCUGCUUCAAGAGAAGCAGUGUUGGAAGUGGGUUAGAAUUUCUGCUCAUGACUUUACAGAAUUAAUUACUGAAGAACCCUGGACAAGAUGCAGUACCUUCAUGCUGCACUUGCUGAAACUCUGAGACUGUAUCCAGCAGUUCCAACGGAUGGCAAGAAUGCAGUAGAGAUGACAUUCGCUCUGAUGGUUUCGGAGUGAAAAAAGGAGAUGGUGCCAUUGGAAGAAUGGCACACAUUUGGGGAGAUGAUGUUGAGGAUUUAUAUCCAGAAAGUGGUUUGAGAAUGGUGUCUUUCAGCCACGAAGUCUUCCAAAUUCACUGCAAUUCAAGUCAGCGGCAUAUAUUUGUUCGAUUCAUUCAAUAGAGUUCCUUGAUUCAUCUUAAUGAUACGCUUGGCGUUUUUUUUAUCAAUCAUUAGUCUGGUCCCCGGAUUUGUCUAAGAAAGGCAAAUGAAAAUUCUUGGCUGCGACUCUCCUCUAUUUCUUCAGAUUCAAAAUUUACAUAUAGAACCAUGUCUGCUCUUCACAUGGAUCGAGGACUACAUUUAUAUGCGAUUCCGAGGCUGUAAACAGUCUGGUCUUAGUGUGUGGGCUGAUGCCAGACAUCAUUUAGUAAAUAUUUAAUACCAAAGAUCAAAAUGAUUAAUUGGGAAUCAAAA